CUUCCAGCUUCUAAACGAUUCCCUCCGUAGUGACUAUAAUUUGUGCAAUGGAAAAUUCCACAAACACCUCCAAGACCUGUUUGCUCCACUUGUUGUUAGAUAUGUCGAUCUGAUGGAGUCCUCAAUUGCACAGUCAAUUCACAGGGGCUUUGAGCGGGAGUCAUGGGAGCCAGUAAAGAGUUUAACAAGUAAUCUGCCCAAUGUGAACCUACCAAAUGUGAAUCUCCCUAAAGUACCAAAUCUACCAGUUAACAUCCCGCUAGGCAUCCCACAAAUGCCUAGCUUUUCUGCACCGUCAUGGAUGGCUGCUAUUUAUGAUUCUGACAAUGGAUCAGGCACCUCAGAAGAUCUGUUCUGGAAACUCGAUGCCCUACAGACCUUCAUUCGGGAUUUGCACUGGCCUGAGGAGGAGUUUGGAAAACACUUAGAGCAACGCUUGAAGCUUAUGGCGAGUGACAUGAUUGAGUCCUGCGUGAAAAGAACCAGGAUUGCAUUUGAAGUAAAGCUGCAGAAAACCAGCCGAUCAACAGAUUUCCGAGUCCCUCAAUCAAUAUGCACCAUGUUUAAUGUCAUGGUGGAUGCCAAAGCUCAGUCAACAAAGCUUUGCAGUAUGGAAAUGGGCCAAGAG